GGUUCCUGGGACAACUCCUCAAUCUUGUGGGACGUCGAAGUGUCCAAGGGAAUACAGCGGAUGGCUGCACACACCGACAGAGUUAUGUCAGUUGCAAACUGUUUCGACCCAAAUGUCUGCGUGUCAGUCUCGUGGGAUAAGAUGGUAUGCAUUUGGGACUUUCGAGUGUCAAGACCGGUUCACAUUUUGUCUGGCCAUUCGUCUCGUAUUCUGACUUGCUCGUUGAGCUACUCUAAUGUUUAUGAGUCUGUUUUGAUGACGGGGGGUGAAGCCUCUGAACUAAAACUGUGGGACUUGAGGAGAUUGCAGGAGAGAAGUUUGUAUGAAUAUCAUCAGGACACUGUUGUCGCAAGUACCUUCACGUCUACUGGUGAAUAUGCUGUAACG